AUGAGCCAACCGAGCUUUGAUAGUCUCGAGACCCAUCAUCUACAAGCGCUACUACACCAGAGUCAAGAGCAAGCUCGCGCUGCUGAGAACCAGGCUCGCGCCAUCGAGAAUCAGCUCAGAGCUCGAUCUUCAGUUCCCACUCCUGCCGGGACAGAUUUUGGCACUGUACAGGGCAAUUAUCGAAUCUCAUCCUCGUGUUCACCAGCAACCAGCAAUGCUCGCUCACGAAGCAACACAAUACCCCGCAGUGUGGGAGGUGUCAGCAUGGUCCCGACUUUGAGCCUCAACGGCAACCAUGCACCGCAACAGCCACUGGAGCAAAGCCGUCCCAUGAAACGCUCAAAAACCACCCAUCCCACCAUGCCGGCGAAUGCUGCCGCCACAGUGAGAAUGGCGAGGUCUCGUUCAAGCGCAUCGGCCCAGCCCGCGUACAGCAGGACGAGUAACCCCUUCGCCGGACCCGGGCCGGUUACCCCGCCCCAUCCCCAGCCUGCGCGGAACAGCCUACCAGCUACCCACACCAGUGCCGCGAUAAUGGAAACAGCCUACAACCUUAACCAACUACAUCGGCCCGUCGCUACAAACUUCCUCUACGGGAAUCCUAGCUUCCAUGCUCAGCUUCCUCAACGGCCCAUGCCGAUGGGGUCGUUGGCAGAGACAAGCAUGGAGAUGAGUCCAGCCGACUAUAUCUCCAGGUUGGACCAGCAGGAAAGGGCCGUGGCCUCCCCUCUACAUACGCAGCCCAUCGGUAUCCCUACAGCCUACCAUAACCAGUUCCAAUAUCCUGACGACUCCGGGAACCCGUCAGUGUGUGGCUCCAUGACGUCGGCACCUACUCUCGAUACCGUGCCGAUGACAAGGUCCAACAGCAAUCUGAAUGACAAUAUGUCUAACCAGUUUGCCGAAAUGGUUCGGAUUGAGUCUCAGCAACUGAAUCGUCAGCAAAACCGCCGGGAUAGCUAUAGUCAACCGCAGCCCAUCACUACGUCGCUGCUGGGAAAACGGUCAGCGUCCGAUCCUGAUUUUCUGGAGGCAGACCUCAUUGGGCUUCCAGUCUCGUUCAACAGCCAUCUUUACUCUGCGUCGGCACCUGCCAACCCACUUUCCAUGAGCAGUCUGCAUCCCACGGAAAAAACAGUGCCGCAAACAAUGUCCGGGUUUACGCUUGAAGACGACACCGAAGAGGUGGAUCAACACCUAUCCAUGGAGAGGUCGGAAUCUAAGGAUAGCGACAAGUCAACCCAUUCCCAGUCGUUGAAGCUUCGUGCCAAGGAGGCACUCGUCCGUCAGAACGUCAACGCCUCCAAAUCCCGACAUCUCCAGCCUAAGCCUGCCACAGAUACCACUAAAAAGGAAUCCUCCGAACCUACUGGCGUAGCUGGCAAGGAUGGAAAGGCCGUCAUCACUAAGACCAAGUACGAGCGACCUAAGCAUCCCAAAGUCAAGUGCCCUCAGUGCAACGAGAACCCUGAAGGCUUCAGGGGCGAGCACGAGUUGCGCCGACACACCGAAGCCAAACACAACAUGCUGGUCAAGAAGUGGGUAUGCCGUGAUCCAGCUCUCGAGGGUAUUCCCCAUUCGGAGAAGGCCGUCAAGCCUCUUGCGGAUUGCAAGCAGUGCUCACAAGGGAAGCAAUACGGAGCGUACUACAACGCUGCUGCUCAUUUGCGCCGAACACACUUCAAGGUCAAGCAGUCUCGCAAGGGUGCCAACUCCAAAGGUGCCAAGGGUGGCUCUGGCCAGGUCGGUAAAGCUGAAGAGGAGAAGCGUGGUGGGAAAGGUGGCGGCGACUGGCCUCCUAUGGCUGAGCUGAAGCGCUGGAUGGUCGAGAAGUUAGUCCCCAUGGACCAAGAGGGCGCGUUCAACCAAGACGGUGCUGAUUCUGACGGCGCUGUUGACCUUGAAGACAUGGAGAAUGGGCUCUUCGACGCUCAGUACGUUCAGGCUGGGUUCGGGCUUGCGCCUAGGACAGGUGUCUUCGAUGUAACUACAUUUGCCGGCGUUGGGGGAAGCUUCCAGAACUUCGACGGGUUGAAUGCCACCAGCUUCCAAAGCAUGAAUGGAGAACUGGGUCUACCGGGCUCAGAUCUUCUCAUGGACGCCGGCAUGUAUGUGCACCAGCCAAUGCAGUCCAUGCCUAUCGCUUCGGGCUUCGACUUUGGCACGGCUCAAGACGCGCCGCAACAACAACAUACCAUGCCACCUGCCAUGACGAGCAUCGACAAUCAUAAUUACACCUCCCCUGUCUCAUCGACUGCCACGAUUACCCAAGGCGGUCUAUCAGCGGAACACCAAUUUCUCAUGGCACCGGCGAUGCAAGCCUCACAGAACGACCUGCCGGACAUGUCCUUCGAUCUGAUGUUUACUGCUGGCGCACAGUGA